ACUGAGAACGGAAUUUCCAAAGCCAAAACCGAGAGCAAGGCACGCCGUCGUCUAGCUCGCAAAACAGUUUAAAACCGCCACCAUGUCUGACGAAAUCGUCUGGCAGAUUAUCAAUCAGCAGUUUUGCGCCUUCAAACUCAAGACAACGAAGGGGCAAAACUUCUGCAGAAACGAGUACAAUGUCAGCGGGUUGUGCAACCGGCAGAGCUGCCCCCUAGCCAACAGCCGAUAUGCGUCUGUCAGGACGUCCCCCAAGGGGACAAUUUACUUGUAUAUCAAAACCAUUGAGAGAGCCCACAUGCCCUCGAAGUGGUGGGAAAAGAUCAAGCUCUCGGCAAACUACCAGGACGCGCUAAAACAGAUCGAGGAGAGGCUCCAGUACUUCCCCAAGUUCCUCCUUCACAAAUGCAAGCAACGCCUCACCCGGCUUGUCCAAGUGGCGACGCGCAUGCGCAAGAUAGCGGCCGAGGAGACGCGGCUGGGAGAGAAGCUGGUCCCGAAAAUGGCGCCCAAGAUCAAGCACCGCGAAGCGGCAAGAGAACGCAAGGCCCUCAUGGCGGCGAAACUAGAGAGGACAAUCGAGAGAGAGCUCCUCGAGAGACUAAGACAAGGUGCCUACGGAGAUCAGCCGCUCAAUGUCAACGCGAACAUCUGGAAGAAGGUCCUGAACGCGCUCGAGACUGAGGGCGAGGGCACCCGGGACAAGGAUCUGGACAAGGGCAUCGAGGACGACGAUGAGGAAGCGGACUCAGAGGAGGAGCUCGAGGAGGAUGAGCUGGACGGUGCGGUCGAGUACGUGUCCGACUUUGACGAAAGCGACGAGGAGUUGGCAGACAUUGAGGACUGGCUCGGAAGCGAUGAUGGCGAUGAUGCCGACGACGAUGACGAUGACGACGACAGUGCGGAUGACUCGACGGACAAGAAAAAGAAGGCAGGGGACAAGCGAAAGAGAGGGCGCGUGGUGAAGAUGGAGGGCCGGAAAAAGAGAGAGAUGGAGGUCGAGAAGGAAACAGAGAGGUCAAAGCUGCUUGCUUUCUAAGGCUCGAGACAACUGUCACGUCAAGGAGAAAAGGUUUCUGGUCCAUUCAUGGGCCCCAAAUAUACCAUAAUGGGAGCGGAUGAUGCUCCGGGCUAGGUACUUUAUAUGUCAAGGGCUCUGAGCGCAGAGCUCUGAAAUUUUGGCACUUCUAGUGAUGCAGACUGUGAUUACAGACUGUGCUCGGCGGCUCAAGAGGUCAUCCGACUGCAUUCUCAGGUCGAGAAUUAUCGACAGGGAUUGUUUUGCGGCACGACAAGGCUGUUGGGGG